AUGCAUGAGAUGUCCAAACCGUUGGCCCGCUAUGAGGGAGACGUGGAUUUGGAUAAAUUGCUCAGAGAUAAGGAGCGCGAAGACGACCCGAUGCUGGCAAUGAUGCGCAAGAAUCGGGUGGAAGAGCAGCGACAAGAGGGCACUCUGAAAGUGAUGCCCAAAUACAAGGGACCGCCGCCACCACUCAAUCGGUUCAGUAUAGGGCCCGGCUAUCGAUGGGAUGGCGUCGACCGAUCCAAUGGCUUCGAAAAGAAACACUUCGACAGAAUCGCUAACAAAGAGUCCACUUUAGAGGAGGCCUACCGCUGGUCAACGCAAGACAUCAAUUGUUUGAAAGCAAACAAGACUUCAUCGAUAUAUUCAUAUUCAACGCAAAACGUGGGCCAAAGAGACCAUCAAAAUGCGGAAGUGAUUCAAAUACCAAAACGGAUCGAAAGAGGUCCGACCGAUAUAUUGAAGGCUUUGGCAGAAGUGACCGGAAAGGACUUUAGUGGACCCGACUAUCGAUACAUCGAUGACCCGUUUCUGACACCACUAAGCAAUCAUCAAAAACGAUUGUUUUCGUUAUCGCGAGAGUCGGGCCGUCGGGCGGCUAACUAUGUGUUCGAAGAGUUUCCCGAACUCUUCUAUCGAGAUGUGUCGGAACCGAAGGUCGAGGCCUUCACUUACAAAGAGUUUUACGACGAGAACACAGAAGUGGACGAAACGGAUCUCAAGAAAUGCAUUGCGCGUAAAGAAGUGAAGCAUUCAAUCACUUGCUAUAAGAAUAUAACGACCGCUGAGAAGACAAUUAGUGCCGAAACGCUUCAGAAAUUGUUAGAAUUGGUCUCGUUUUACAAUUGCGAAGAACCGCCGGAUUUGGAAUUUAUUGUGGAGAAGGCGUUCAAUAACGACACCACAACUCCUCGUGUCCUUUGGAAAGACAACGGAUUUGCGGAACAAUUGUUUGAAUCGAUGGAUGAGAAGACGAGUGAAAUAUAUUGCGCUUUA